GUUAACCAGCAGGGAGAAGAAAUUAGAGUUAAGAGAGAGAAGAAAGAGAGAGAGAGAGAGAGGGUAAAAUGGGAAGAGGAAAGGUGGAGCUGAAGAGGAUAGAGAACAAGAUAAACAGGCAGGUGACAUUCUCAAAGAGGAGAAGUGGUUUGGUCAAGAAAGCCCAUGAAAUCUCUGUUCUUUGUGAUGCUGAGGUUGCCCUUAUUGUCUUCUCCCAUAAAGGAAAGCUCUUUGAUUACUCCACUGAUUCUUGCAUGGAAAAGAUUUUGGAGCGGUACGAACGAUACUCAUACACUGAGGGUCGCUUGAUUUCAACUAGUACAGACACAACGGAAAAUUGGACCUUGGAAUAUGCCAAGCUGAAAGCCAAGAUUGAACUUCUUAAAAGGAAUCAUAAGCAUUAUAUGGGAGAAGACUUGGACGCGUUGAACUUGAAAGAUCUGCAAAAUCUUGAGCAGCAGCUUGACUCUUCUCUUAAACUAAUUCGAUCCAGAAGAAACCAACUCAUGUCUGAGUCUAUUUCUGAGCUUCAAAAAAAGGAAAGGGCUAUUUGGGAGGAAAACAACAUGUUGGUGAAGAAGAUUAAGGAGAAAGAGAGAAGAGGAGUAGCAGAAGUGCCAUGGGAUCAGCAAAACCAUGCUUCAUUCCUUUUCCAACACCAAUCUCUUCCGGCCUUAAACAUUGGGGGAAGCUACCAAGGAGUAGAGGAAGAAGCGAGGAACAACAACAACAACAAUGAUGAUGAUGAGCAGUUAGACCUUAAUCUAGACUCACUCUAUCCUCCAUGCCAUCUUGGCUGCUUUGCUUCAUCAUAAAUCUACUACUAUAAGAUUAUAUAGAUAUAGUAUUGUACUAAGUUUGCCAUAAUUGAUUUGGUCCCCAGCUAGCCCUCAUAUAUGCAGGUGGAUGGUGGUGACUAAAACUUAUAUAAAUAAUUGAGCUUUGCCACAACUCUUGAUUUGAUAUUUUUGGAAUUCCUAGUGCUCCUAUAUACUCCUAUAUAUUUUGUAUAUUUAGUACUGGAUGGUUUUGCCCUACAAAAAGUUCAAUGAUAUAAUUAAGGAGCUGAGUACUG